CGUCGUGGUUUCGGUUGGCUGGGAGGAAGAGGAAUAACGAAUGUGGGAGCCAAGAAGAAUUCCUCGUUGGCGGACGGCAUACAAUAUUCACAGGAUUUCUGAAACCUUUAUACGGACUACACAUGUUUCCCUUGGAAAUUUAAGUUUUCCUCACGUAUCCCCGGGUCGGAUAAGAUGCUCUGUGUGAUGGAGGCGGCUCAUCAUCGCUGAUGCAGUGAAAAACAACUUAAUUCUGUUGGCAUAAGGAUAAACAUAUAUUUUUGUGGCAGGUCUGUGAUUUGAGUGGCCUUUAAACUUUGCUGUGAUUGGUCCAGAGAAUCAGAGAGGGUGUGUCCUUUCUCACCAAGGAAAUGACCGUGGGAUAAAAAGGAAGCAACAGCAGUCUGGAGCUUGUACAUCCAUUCUCCCUCUUACUAAACAGCAUCGAUCCCUAUCCAGGAUGCUCUCUCCAGCGCAACCCCUGCUGCCCUCUUUGGUCCUGAGACUACACUGGGCUCCAUGAGCAUGUACAGAGAUACAGGGGUGUGUGCCACCCCUCUCUCCCAACCCCUUCCUCCUCCCCACCUCCGUCUACCCCUCCAUAAUGGUCACUCUUCCAUGGGUGACCAACCCCCACCACGUAUCUCAGUGCCCAAAAUGGGGGUUCGAGCUCGGAUUGCAGAGUGGCCUCCACGCAGGGCACUGUCCCGAGAAUCACUGCUUGAGAACGGCCACCAGAGCGGGCAUCAUGAAGACUUCGGCAAUGAGGGUGGCUUUGCACAUGGGGGCGAUAUAAGGUUCCCCCAGCGAGCCACAAGGGACGGUGAGUUCCAUUCGUUCACCCCGUUACGACUACGUUCCAGCAGCGAGAUUACACUGAGUGAACAAGAUGAAGCAGAAAUCGAAGGACGAUUAUUCCGGGAAUAUGGGAGUACCUCUUCCAUCAACGUGCAGGCGGUGUCUGAACAAAGCUUCUUUGAUAUGCUCAGCCAGUUUCAACAGGAACGACCGGACCAGCGCAGUACAGCCCCUGAAAAGUUUGGAGAGCUACUUGGUGUGCCAGUUUCUUUUGACAGACAUGCCUUCUCGACGACUCCUCGCCCUGAUGACCGCCCUGAGAAUCGCGUACGCAAAAAAAGCGGAGGCACAGAGUCAUCUCUUGGCACCGCCUCCCUAUUCCGUAAACUCCGCAACUCCAGCAGAGUUGAAACAGAAACCCCGCGGGGUGAUACAGAUGAUACACGAGCCCCAGAAACAUUGUCUUCCAAACCCUGGCUUUGUGUGCGAAGUUUUGCCCACUAUGACGCUCAGAGCAUUCUUUUUGACUUGCACGAGGCAGCGGCUUCCCGGAGCUACGCCGCCCAGCGGAGAAACACGGCCACCGGAGCCUCGGCCGCAUCAUCCGCUGCUUCCUCUGCCGCUGUUUCUUUGGCAGUUUCCAGAGCUCUUGCUCUAGGGGGCGUAGAGCCCAGCUUUUCCAGCACUGAUGACCUCAGUGUUAAGGACCUCUCGGAGGGAUCAACUCUAGACCUGGAAAACUCAGAACAGGGUGGUUCAGCCAACGUUAACCCCAAUUCUCAGCACCAGUUGUUGCUGAGCUGCCCGCACUUCCUCAACGAGACUGGAAGCUUUAGGGAGCGCAAUGUCAGCUUUCUGAGCUCGUGGGCGGAGCGUGGAGAGACUGGCGUGGUAGAGGCCAGGCUGCGUCCCCGCUGCAGCAAUGCCAGUGUGUCCAAACUGGAGGCGCUGCCAGAAGAUCAGGCCACCAGGUUAGAAAGACUGCAGCAGCACUGCAUCGAGCACGUUGACCUGGGGGCUAGAUACUACCAAGAGCACUUCUUUGGAAAAGAGCACUGGAACUACUUUGGUACUGAUGAGAAGCUGGGGCCCGUGGCUCUGAGCAUCCGCAGAGAGAAACUGGACGAUACCAAAGACUUGAAAGAUCAGUAUCAGUACCGCAUCAUCUUCCGCACCAGUGAGCUGGUCACGUUGCGAGGAGCGAUCCAGGAAGAUGCGGUUCUGUCCACGGCGAAGCACGGAAAGGUUUCUGGUUUGCCUCUGAAGGAAGUUCUGGAGUAUGUGCUUCCAGAGCUCAGUGUGUCCUGUCUGCGACUGUCCCUCAACACGCCCAAGGUCACGGAGCAGCUUCUCAAACUGGAUGAGCAGGCGCUUUGUCAUAAACACAAAGUGGGCAUCCUGCUGUGUCGGGCAGGACAGAGCACUGAGGAGGAGAUGUACAACAAUGAAGAAGCUACACCAGCCUUUACUGCCUUCAUGGAGCUGCUGGGAGAAACUGUGUGUCUGAAGGGAUUUAACAAAUAUGCUGCCCAGCUAGAUACCAAAACGGACUCAACUGGAACACAAUCUCUAUAUACCACCUAUCAAGACUACGAGAUCAUGUUUCACGUGUCCACCAUGCUUCCAUACAUGCCCAAUAAUCCUCAACAGCUCUUGAGGAAGAGGCACAUAGGAAACGAUAUAGUCACUAUUAUAUUCCAGGAGCCUGGAGCUCACCCGUUUACUCCACAGAACAUUCGCUCUCACUUCCAGCACGUGUUUGUCAUCGUCCGCGUGCACAACCCUUGCUCGGACAACACCUGCUAUAGUGUGGCGGUGACGCGCAUGAAGGACGUCCCUCCAUUUGGCCCGCCUCUGCCUCCCAAUGGCAUGAUGUUUCGUGACCCAGCUGCCUUCCGUGCCUUCCUGCUAGCCAAGAUUAUCAACGCAGAGAACGCCGCGCACAAAUCCGAAAAAUUCCACACGAUGGCGGCUCGUACGCGCCAGGGGUACCUGCGAGAUCUGGCGGACAACUGUGUUUCUACAAAUUUGGUGGACAAGGCCGGUAAGCUGAUCACUCUCGUCACUCUGGCCUCCAAACGCAAGGAACGCGUGCGGGCACGAGAGGGGGCGGAGAUGAGUGCCGCGGGAGCGCUUGUUUGGCACGUACUUGCGCAGGACUUUAGUGGUGGAGGUGCAGAAUUGCCCUGUGCACUUGCCAUCUCCAAUGAGUAUGUAGUACUAGCGGACUUCUCUAGCAAAGAGGUGGUGUUUAAUUGUUUCUGUGCUGACGUCAUUGGAUGGACAGCAGAGAGGCUUGCACUGAAGAUUUACUACGGCAGAGGAGAUCACGUAGCCUUACGGGUGCCUGAGGGCAAUGCCCAAGACAUCAGAGAGGUGGUGCAGAGACUGAAGGUAUUGACUGUAGGUUGUGAGACGGUGGAUAUGACGUUACGUCGUAACGGUUUAGGUCAGCUUGGUUUCCAUGUUCGACUGGAUGGAACUGUGUCUGAAGUUGAGGAAUACGGUUUCGCCUGGCAGGCGGGUCUCCGGCAGGGUAGCCGUUUGGUGGAGAUAUGUAAGGUUGCAGCGGUGACACUUUCCCAUGACCAGAUGAUUGACCUACUGCGGACAUCAGUCACCGUUAAAGUGGUCAUCAUUCCACCUUAUGAAGAGGGAGGAGCCCGCAGGGGCUGCACAGAGGAGUUCGAGAUGAAGAUGAUGGAGCAGAAAGGAGAAGCGGAGCCUGUAGCCGCAAGUUAUCGCAGUGGGCAGCGGACACCAGUAUGGCGUUGGGACAGCCCUCCUGGGACACACAGCUCCACUCAGCGUUGGGCCCCAAGCGGAGGCCCACCUGCAGUCCCGAGUCGUACACAGAAAGCACUGGUGCCCAUUCCAUACAGAGAACCCCAACACAUCUCAGCUAAACGGCCUGUCAGUUACCCAGAGAACCAGUACAGCGUUUCUCCUGUCGGGGCAGACAGAGGGAUGGUGUACAGAAACCCAUCUGCAAGUUUCUCCAACACAGGCUCUGGCUUCGGCUCCAACGCACUGGGGGUCCCAGGGCUCGGUGGACCCUUUGUUCGCUAUAAACCUUCUCCGGACAGGUUUGGACCUGUCCCUCGAUCGGUCCAACAGUUUGACCCACAUGUUACUGUCGAUGUGUCCAGUGGCGAGUCCUCAUCUGGCUUUACAAGCCAAGAGAGCACGAUGGAGCGCAACAAGUCAGAGGCCGUGUGGCAUGUCGCUUCCUCAUCACGAGGUGUAACGGUGAGCUCAGCUCCUAGAAGACAGACCCGGCAGGACGUUCCAGGGAAAGACUCUCCAAAUCGGCACUCUAAGGGUGAAACGCAAUACUCCAGUCACUCUAGCAGUAACACUCUCUCCAGCAAUGCCUCCAGCAGUCACAGCGAUGAGCGCUGGUUUGACGGGAUGGGAGGAGGGGUUUCGGGUGCCCUCGGUGACCAUUUAGACCCUGAUCCCGACCCCAUAGGCAAAGGAGGCUCCAGCGACAGUGGCAUUGAUGCAUCUCUCUACACGCCCAGCCCUAGCGCUAAAGGAGCCAAGCCCAGCCGCAGCCACACAGGAACUCCCCACAAACCUCUGCACGGCUCUGCUACAUACAGCGGCUUGCAGGAACUGGUGGGUGCAGGGGAGGGCCAUCGCAAGGAGUCGUCACCCAUCAUUCCUACAUCUGCCAGUCAAAGCAAAUAUCGCACUCGCACGUUUCCCCCUCCAGGAUCAAGCAAUGCAGACAACUUCAAACCACGGGCCUGCUUUACUCCUCAAGGGUAUAAGACCCCUGGUGCGGCUGAAAACCCCCGACCGUUGAGAGCUUUGACUACCACACCCACCUCCAGCUCCGCCCAGCUGUCAAGCUCCGCCCCUAAGUCCUUAAGUAAACACAAACAAAGUGUAUGGCACCAGGAGGAGAACAGUUCAGGAUCUAGUCCCACGACCAAUGACAACAAGCAGGUGGACAUGAACAGUAAAAACGUUUUUGGACAGCCUCGAUUGCGCGCCUCUCUGAGGGACCUGCGCUCACCACGAAGAGCUCACAAGAGCACUAUUGAAGACGACUUGAAAAAGCUCAUCAUCAUGGACAACCCCACAGAUACGCCGUCACGAGACGCAUCUCCUCAUCGGACUCUGCAACGCACUUUCUCGGAUGAGAGUCUGUGUAGUGGCCGGAGAGAUGCUAGUUACGCAAGCACACCCCUUUUUGAAGGGCAAGUACCACCCAGUGACUUGCUCUUCACCUGCACGCUGCCCACUCGACGGCACGGACACAACACCAACCACGGACCCCUUAUGCCCAUUAAGAAAAUACCAUUGUCAGCCUCAGAGUUGUCUCUGACUGAAGUGAGGGAUAAGGUUCCACCUCUCCGAAGGCUUGACCCUGGACUCAUGCCCCUUCCUGACACUGCCUGUGGUUUGGAGUGGUCCAGCCUUGUCAAUGCAGCCAAGGCUUAUGAAGUGCAAAGAGCCGUUUCUUUAUUCUCAUUAUCUGAGCCUCACACGGGAGGCAAUGAGUUGAGGCCAGCCGUCAGCCCUGUGCCUUUCCACACACCGCAGACUCCCCGCACAACCCCUACUUUUACCAGUGAAGAACCUUCAAAUGACCUGCCUGGCCGUCUGUACCAUCUAGAAGUCAUGCUGAAACAGCUAAACACUGAUCUGGAAAAAGAGAAACAGGACAAACAAACAUUGUUAGCAGAGAUGGCUAACCUGAGACAGAAUAACCAGCGUCUGCAGGAGGAAUCUCUUUCAGCCAGUGAACAGCUCAGAAAAUUUAGUCAAAUCUUGUCUACUACCUUGCCUGAGAGGAAGUGACCUCAUCGCUUUCUCUUGCUGUGCGAUCUGGACGAAGAGACGAUAGAGGAGAUCUUGCGUACCUGUGCUUUUCCUAAUGUGGUGCGGUCUGUGCCAAAAGCUGUUCAGAUUCAGUUUUAUUCACCCUGUACAUCCAAUGUCCCGUUCCCGUUUUGCUAGUGAGCAAAGAAAUACCUGCCAGUUCAUCCUCUCUCACCACACACACAUCAACCUGUGAGCUUUAUCAACACACAAAUAAGGGAGAUUGAGACGAAAACUGGCUUUAUGCUGGUCUGCCCGUUGACUUGAGACUUAAAGCUUUAACUGAAAGCCGGUACAGAAGUACAAAUGUCUAUUUUUAAAAAGACACACGCAUAAUAAGUCCAACCUUGAAAAGAGCAAGCUUCUCAUCAAAAAGAAAUCGAGACUAUUUUCACAUUGUAGAUUUAUUUUUGUAAUCGAGGAGUCAAGACGACACUUGAGACGUUAAAAUCAGAGAGGCCUAUUGCACAGUCAGCUCGACAGCCAAAUAACAACAUGCAUCAGAAAAGCAGAGCAACAAACGAAAAUCUACACUUGAGCCAUGUAAGAGAGAUCCUGUGUUAAAACUACCUUUCCCAGCAUGCAACACUGGAGCAUGCUCAUAAACAUGGUACUGCAAAUUUCAGAAGAGGUACAGUGCUCUGGGAUUGACUCUCAGAUAAUAUCACUGUUACAUGUGCAGGUACAUCAAGCGUUAAGAAUAAACACUGUUGUAUAUUCACAUUGUGUUAACUAUGAUUGUGCAAACUUUGAUUUCUAAUAAGCAUUCUCUCAUGCUUCAUUUUUGUAGUUUAAAACAGACUUUUUCCAUUUAUUUUAAACCUGAAAUGACAUAAUAGUGACUGAAGCUCCUUUGCAAUAAUUGCUCUGUAGAUCUCUACCACAAUUCUUUAGUUAGCAGUGAACUGUUUAGGAACAAAAACAAUAUACUAAAACUGUGAUGUUACACCCAAGUCUUUGAUCAUAUCUCUGUGCAUGGACAUCAGUCAGUAGUUAAGUAAUAGUGUCAUGCAACAGGAAAUGCCAUUCGCUCUUUAGGUCCGGUUUUGGCAUAGCACUGUGUGUAACCUUGGGCUGUUCUGUCAAAUUCAGACACUGUAUAUCUAUAUGCAAAGCUGACACUAAGAAACUUGUAGUUGGCUGGGUUCCAUACAGACUCUAUUUUUCUAUUUGUAUGGUUUUAGUUCAGGUUUAUAAGGUUAAAUGACUGUUGGCAAUAGAUGGCUGUUUUCAAAGUAGAUCAUUAUGUUUACAUACAAGGACCUCUUUAUUCUUCAGACUGUAGAUGGUUAAGUGCUCUGGAGGUCUCUCUUUUCUCCCAUUUGUAACGUACGAGUAACUGGAUUAACAAUCAGGCUGGAUGUAAUUUGGUUUUUCAUGUACCCCAUGCUAUUCUGUACAUGUCUGCCUUAAGAGUGGUCGGGAAGUCUAACCAGUGAUGUGCUGUAAUUUACGACUCCUAUCAGCUCUCUUCAUCCCUUUAACCUGAUCCAACUGGAUAAUAUCUCCUCCUCUCUCAGGAUUCAUAAGCUGCCCCCUAGUGACCUGACCUAUUCCUCUUCUUAACUAUUUAUUAAUGUCAAAGCAAAAGCACUGCGGCAGUCAGUUAACUUUAUUGUAUUAUUCGUUGCUGUCAUCGUAGCUGUAAAUGAAAAAAAAAUACGGUAACGCUUUACAAUAAGGUUGUGUUUGUUAAAAUUUGUAAAUGCAUUAGCUAGCAUGAACUAACAAUGAAUAAUAUAGUUUUUGAAAAUGUGUUCAUGUUAGUUCAUGCCAGUACAGUUAUUCAUGUUAGUAGUCUAUUGUGCAUUAACUACUGUUAACAGUUACAACUUUUCAUUUAAAAAAAUGUAUUCGUAAAUGCUGAAAUUAACAUUAACUAAGAUGAAUAAACGUUGUAGAGUUAUUAUAUUGUACAUGUUACCUAAUGCAUCAUUAAAUACAACGUUAUUGUAAACUGUUACCGAAACAACCAUAUACACAUGCCUGUGAAAGUAACUAUUAUAGUAAAACUCAAAGAUUCAUAUUUUAGUUUUUCAUGGGGUAAUUGUGAGAUAAAUAAAACAAAGACAUCAGGCAUUAUUCAUUGCAGGAUUCCUUAGUGGUGUAUUUGUACAUAGGGUGAUUUUUAUGAAGCUUUGAACUGCAAAUAGCUAACAUUACUUGUUUCAUCUCCUCAUCGUAAAUUAUAAGAAAAAAGAAACGCUGUAUACGUACAACUGUAUACGUUUUGGAAAUAUUCAGUCACAUGCCAUCCAUCACACUUUACUAACUACUACAGUAUAUGACGCAUUUCGGCCUUUCAUGUUACGAUAAGCUGUUUUGUCCCCCUGUUCUGCUGUGACUACAAGAAUUGAACCCACUUUAUUUUGUUGUCAAAGUGGGAGGUUCUUUGGACUCUUGGUGUCACGCUCAGUUUUAGGUUACUGGGUGUCAUAUCUACACCAUGGAUUAUCUUAUGAUUUCUGUUUUUUAGUUGGGUGAAGGUGUUUUAAUUAAGUUUUUUUUUUUUUUUUAAGAUGAGUAAUAUACUUGUGAAUGUGCAUCUGUGUUGCGCAUUUAUGAAUCAAAGCAAAUUAUAUAGUCCAGCUGUUAUAUUUGAAGGUUUAUUUUUAUGUGUAAUAUUUCAACUAUUUAUUUUGAUUUUUCUCUUCUUUUUAAAUGCAUAAAGACAAGUUCAAAGUGAAUUUGCAAGAUUACAGAUUUGGUAACAUUAUUGAAGGGUACCGAGUUAAUAACGGAGAUAAUAUUUUUUAGUCUGUUCUUUAUAUUUUGUUUGAUUCAUGAUCUUUUGUACAAAGCUGAUUUUGUUAUCCUUUUUGUUGUUUAUUGUAAGCCUUUUUUCGUCUCUGUUUCCAUUGGCUUUAUGCAUGAAACAGUGGCUCCAAUGCCUUGAUUUACUAUUGAUAACUGAUCAAUCUUUCAGUUUUAUUUGGGGAUAUUGUAUCAAUGAGUGUACAUUUAAUAAGUGUAAAUUAUGUUUUCAUUAUUUUAUAAAAAAUAUAUUAAAAAUAUUUCAUAAUGA